CGCCUGUGCCCCUCUGCCACCUCGCCGUCGGCAUGACAACAGGGUCGACCCCGGGUUCGGCCCCCUCUCAGAGAAAACGAAAUUCUACCAAGGAUUCCGUUGCCCUGUACGCGGUGCAAUGCUAUAAGUGCUACAAAUGGAGUACGGUUCCAAAAGAAGAAUUUGAGACGCUUCGUGAAAACUUCACUAAGGAUCCAUGGUUCUGCAGCAGACGACCAGACAGCUCUUGUGAAGACGAUGCUGACAUUGAGUACGACAGCAGCCGCAUUUGGGUUUUGGACAAGCCCAACAUACCAAAGCCUCCACCAGAGACGGAGAGGCUAGUGGUUAUGAGGGGCGACUACAGCAAAAUGGACACAUAUUAUGUCAUGCCCAAUGGGAAGCGUGCAAGGUGUGCUGGUGAUGUGGAUAAGUUUCUGGAGGCAAAUCCGGAGUACAAAGACCGCAUAUCUGCUUCGGAUUUCAGCUUUGCGCCACCCAAGGUUGUUGAGGAGACUGUUUCUCACAACCCUGCCUGGCAAGCUGCCAAGGCCAAGAAGCAGGAGAAGGCAGAGGCACAAAAGUGAAUGAUACUCCCAACGGUGCUUGUGUUAUGUUUAGAUGAUAGUCCGCUCAAGAUCAUGCCCCAUCCUAUCUAGUGUGUACUUGUCUAUCUCGACUGAAGUCGAUGUUUAGGUCUUUUUAGCUGAUUUGGCUCUGCAUGCUUCGUUGCAACGGAGCCCCUGCGUGUCAAUUCCUGGGGAAUAAAUGAGAUGUUGAAUAAGUGCUGUAGAGUGUAGACCUGCUUUUUUAUAAUUAGGCCUCAAGUCAUGCUUCCUUAA